AUGGACCCCUUUGACAGAAAGCACAACGCGAAAAAGGCAAGAUCAAGAAGGUCAAUGAUUCUCAAAGAGACCCGUGUCAAACGUCAAAAAUACAAUGUUCAACAACAGUUCCCGCGUGAUACAAUUAUAAAUACUCCAAUGUCAUCCACACCUAGACAACCUUUGUCCGAGUUGACACCAUCGUUUCAAAACAUGACAGCUCUACCGAGAUUUGACGGUCAGUCAGUUGGUAUAUCUUUAGGUUUUGAAGGUUCUGAACCUAGCAUAUCAAGACAUGCCUUUAAAACAAAUUUAAGGACCCGACCGAUAGAUCUUUUGGGAACAAAUCUCUUUUCAAAGUUUGCAUCCAGUUCUACUAUGAGGGAAAAUGAGGGAUUUACUCCUUCCUCAUUGAUACCAAAAGAAAACCGGACUCAGCAUGAAAACAUCGUCAAUGAUAUUGGGAGCUCUUCUGAUAUGCAUACCUUACCACUAAACCCUAUACCAGUACGGGGUAGGCCUAAGAAUCAAUACGGAGUUCCAAAUAUGGCUAGGAACUUGACCAGAAAGUUUCCUCUACUGGAAAGAGUGGAAGGGAAUGACACGGCAAAUUUGACCCUCGGUUCCACGACACAAACAAGAUUUGCUGGAAACCCCAAACGAUCUAGAGGAAGACCGAGAAAACAAAUCCAGCAUCCAAAUUUGAAUUUGAGACAGGAUACAGAGCUCCCCAGCCAAAGAAGGGUUCUGCCUCAUCCCAUUCCUCUUGAUAUACCCGGACCAAGUAAUGUCAUUACCCAACCGCCACCUGAUCAGCGAAUGUCACAGUCCACGGCCAAUCACCAUCGUAGGACGGAGCCAACGUGUCCUAUUUUUACACCUACGAUCAAUCUGGAUUUUAAUAGUGACUCCGAUGAGGAUAGCGACUACGACCCAUUUGCAACAUACCUAUCCGACGAGGAAAACUGUUCUGAGUCAGAAGAAUUUGAAGCACCUUUUACAAUCAACAACAAUGCAACCGGACUUUCCGAAGAAUAUUAUGAUAUCGGUUCCCCUCUUAUCGAAUGUUGUUAUUGCAAAGCAAUGAUGUGGUAUCAAGAACGAAUGCACAAAAGUACACAUUCAGCAAACCCAAAGUUUAUGAUGUGCUGUGGUAACGGAAAAGUCGAACUACCAAUGCUAAGACAUCCUCCAGAAGCACUUGCAAAACUUUUGUUUGACCACGAAAGUAUAGUUAGCAGGAAGUUUCAACAACAAAUUCGACUAUACAAUAUGAUGUUUGCAUUCACAUCACCGGGAGCAAAGAUAGACAAUCGUUUUAACAAUGGUCGCGGCCCUCCGACAAUGAGGAUACAAGGUCAAACGUGUCAUCGAAUUGGAAGUUUGCUGCCUCCUCAAGGGCAAAAACCGAAAUUUGCACAGUUAUAUAUUUAUGACACGGAGAAUGAGGUCGAAAACCGGAUGCAUGGACUUAGGAACAAGGAAAACAUUGAUGAAAAUGUUAUAAACCAAUUGUCCAACAUGCUAUACGAAUUCAAUCCUCAUGCAAAGAGCUUCCAAAUGGCAAAACAAUGGUUAAACAAUGGGGAAACUCAAAACCUCAAGCUACGACUCAUUUCUAGCCGAUCCACCGAUGGAAGGGUGUAUAACCAACCUACUGUGUCUGAAGUUGCAGCCUUGGUUGUUGGUGAUAUAGACACGGCAGAAAUGCGUGAUAUCAUUAUGCAAACAAGAGGAGGAGGACUUCAGAGAAUCAACGAACUGCAUGCUGCUUACAUGGCUUACCAAUAUCCUUUGAUUUUUCCAUAUGGUGAGGACGGUUAUAGACCUGAUGUAGCUCAUAGGGACUUGCCUUCCAACAGUAACAGCGUAAGAAAUAGGCUCACAAUUCGGGAGUUUUUGGCAUACCGCAUUCAAACCAGGUUAAAUGAAGCUAAGACUCUAUUAUCUUCUAGACGGUUGUUCCAGCAAUUUCUGGUCGAUGGUUACACAAUGUUAGAGUCUGAGAAACUUGAAUGGUUACGUAAAAAUCAACCAAAACUUCGCGUUUCCAAGUACAACUCUUUAAAUGAAGAGGGAGACCAGAAUCAAGCGCAAGGGAACAGCAUAGGUAAACGAGUUGUUUUGCCUUCUUCCUUUGUCGGAGGUCGUAGGUUUAUGGAUCAAUUAUACUAUGAUGGAAUGGCUAUAUGCAGUAAAGUUGGAUUUCCUGAUUUAUUUAUUACCUUUACUUGUAACCCAAAUUGGCCUGAGAUUCAGAGAGUGCUUAGACCUCUUCAUUUGAAGCCUCAAGAUCGACCGGAUAUCAUAUCGAGAGUUUUCAAAAUCAAGUUUGAUCAGUUGCUUACAGAUUUAACCAAAAAAGGUGUUCUUGGCAAAGUACUUGCCUAUAUGUACACCAUUGAGUUUCAAAAGAGAGGAUUGCCUCAUGCCCAUAUAUUGAUCUUCUUGCAUCCUUCAAACAAAUAUCCAGGUCCAGAAGACAUUGACAAAAUCAUCAGUGCUGAAGUUCCCGAUCCCGAAACACACCCUCGGUUGUACAGUUUGGUCAAAGCUCACAUGGUUCACGGUCCUUGUGGUUUGGCAAAUCCAAACUCACCUUGCACGAAAGAUGGGAGGUGCACCAAGUUUUACCCUAAGAAAUUUCAACCUACGACUAUCGUGGACCAAGAAGGGUAUCCUGUUUAUAGGAGAAGAGACAACAAACACACUAUUGAAAAAAAUGGACUCAUCUAUCACAGUGGUCAUGUUGUUCCUCACAAUCCAAGUUUGUUGUUGAAGUACGAAGCCCACAUUAACAUGGAAUGGUGCAACCAAAGUACUUCUAUCAAAUACCUUUUCAAAUAUAUAAACAAAGGUUCCGAUAGAAUUUCUGCAAUCAUACAAGGCCAGGAUAGAAACAACGUCGACGAGAUCAAGCAAUAUUUGGAUUGUCGAUACAUCUCCCCAAGUGAAGCAUGUUGGAGGAUAUUUUCCUAUUCUAUACAUGGCAGAAAGCCAGCCGUAGAAAGAUUGUAUUUUCACAUGGAAGGUGAAAACUCGGUGUACUACAAAGACUACGAGCAGGUUGGUGAUGUGUUGCUCAAACCAAGUGUAACAGAGUCGAUGUUUACGGCAUGGUUCGAAGCAAACAAAACUUAUGAAGAAGCAAGAUUACUAACUUAUGGAGACUUUGUUUCUAAAUUUGUCUAUCAUAAACGAAGUCGAAGUUGGAAACCAAGGAAACGAGGGUAUACCAUUGGUCGACUCAUUUGGGUUCCUCAAAGCACUGGCGAGUUGUUUUAUUUAAGGAUGAUGCUCACUGUCAAAAAGGGUCCUUUAUGCUAUCAGGACAUCAAGACGGUUGACGGUAAAAAGCUAAAAACAUUUAGAGAUGCAUGCUUUGCAAUGGGAUUUUUACAAGAUGAUCGCGAAUUUGUCGAGGCCAUCAAAGAGGCGCAUCAGUGGGGUUCAGGACAUUUUUUACGCAAGUUGUAUGUCACCAUGUUACUGUCUUCUUCGAUGAAUAGACCCGAACAUGUUUGGAGAAAGACUUGGAUGUAUUUAUCGGAUGGCAUUCUUUAUGAUCAACGAGUCUUCGCAAGAGAUCAAGGUCUGACAAUGAGUGAUGCCGAGUUAAGAGAGCGGACACUCAUGGCUAUUGAAACUCUAUUACAAAAUAAUAAUCGAAGUUUGAAGGACUUCAAGACAAUGCCAUAUCCAAAAGAUUAUGUUGAAUCCUUUACAGGAAAUCGACUCCUUCAUGAUGAACGUCAAUAUGAUGUUGUUGCUCAACAACAAAUUUUUGAAAGUCUGUACGCUUCUCUUACAGAUGAACAAAGAAGCAUCUUUGAGGAGAUCAUGGAAGCUGUAGAAAAGCAAGUAGGCGGAGUUUUUUUUUUAUAUGGCUACGGUGGCACUGGUAAGACCUUCAUGUGGAACACUCUAUCAGCAGCCCUUAGGUCUAAGAAAAAAAUUGUUCUGCCGGUUGCUUCGAGUGGGAUUGCAAGUUUGUUGUUACCAGGUGGAAGAACAGCUCAUUCUAGAUUUAAGAUUCCUGUCCCUACUUUAGAAACUUCUAUAUGCAACAUUGAAAAACAAGAUGAUCUUGCCGAGCUUCUAAAGAUGACAGAUCUAAUCAUAUGGGAUGAGGCUCCUAUGGCUAACAAGUUUUGCUUUGAAUCACUCGACAAAUCCUUGAGAGAUAUAAUGAGUGAAACCACACAUGCUUCUAAAAGAGUUUUUGGAGGUAAGGUUGUUGUGUUUGGAGGUGACUUCAGACAAAUUCUCCCUGUUAUACCAAGAGGUACUAGAUCUGAUAUUAUCCAUGCAACAAUCAAUGCUUCUUAUAUUUGGGAUCAUUGUAAAGUCUUGAGGCUUACAAAAAACAUGCGCUUGCAAACUGGUCAACCCACUUCUACAGCUGAUGACAUAAGGAGUUUUUCUGAGUGGAUUUUAAAAAUUGGAGAUGGCACGAUGUGUGAGCCAAAUGAUGGCUAUGCUGAUAUUUGUAUUCCAGAUGAGUUCUUAAUUUCUAGCUUUUCAGAUCCGAUUAAGGGAAUUGUUGAAGAUACAUACCCUGAUCUCAUUCAUAACUAUCUUGAUCCCAAUUAUCUUCAAAGUCGUGCGAUUUUAGCUUCGACAAUCGAAGUGGUCGAUGAUAUCAACCAAUAUAUAACAAACCUUCUUCCAGGAGAAGAGAAAGAAUACUUUAGUAGUGAUUCUAUUGAUAAAUCUGAUGCAAGUAGCUUUGAUGCAUAUGAGCACGUUACACCAGAGUUCCUAAAUGCUCUUAAGACUUCGGGAUUGCCUAACCAUUCAAUCAAGUUAAAAGUUGGGGCCACUAUUAUGUUAAUGCACAACCUAGACCAAUCUGAAGGUUUGUGCAAUGGUACAAGGCUAACUGUUACUAGGCUUGCUGCUCAUGUCAUAGAAGCUAAGAUCAUUUCUGGAAAAAAUGUUGGUAACUUAUUUUAUAUUCCUAGAAUGUCUUUGUCCCCUUCACAAUCACCAUGGCCAUUUAAACUGGUAAGACGCCAAUUUCCAAUUAUUGUUUCCUUCGCCAUGACUAUUAACAAGUCUCAGGGCCAAUCACUUGAUAAUGUUGGUUUGUACUUGCCAAAAGAAGUUUUUAGUCAUGGCCAAUUAUACGUGGCAAUGUCAAGAGUAAAAUCCAAAAAGGGAUUAAGGAUUCUUAUUCAUGACAAAGAAAAAGAACCUAUGCUCUCUACCACCAACGUGGUUUUCAAAGAAGUGUUCCAUAACAUUUGA